AUGUCUGAAUUCGAUAAAUACGCUACCCCAUUAUCUUCUAGAUAUGCAUCCAAGGAGAUGUCCGCUGUCUUUUCCCUUAGAAACAGAUUUUCCACCUGGAGAAAGUUAUGGUUGAACUUAGCCAUUGCCGAAAAGGAAUUAGGUCUUGAUGUCAUUACUGAUGUCGCUAUUGAACAAAUGAAACAACAUCUAACAAUCACCGAUGAAGAAAUCGCAGCUGCCUCCAAGCAAGAAGCCAUUGUCAGACAUGAUGUCAUGGCUCAUGUACACACUUUCGGUGAAUCUUGUCCAGAUGCUGCAGGUAUCAUUCAUUUGGGUGCCACUUCGUGUUAUGUCACUGACAAUGCAGAUUUAAUCUUCCUAAGAGAUGCCUACGACUUAGUCAUUCCAAAAUUAGUUAAUGUUAUUGAUAGAUUGUCUAAAUUUGCCAUGGAAUAUAAGGAUUUACCAGUCCUAGGGUGGACUCAUUUCCAACCAGCACAAUUGACCACUUUAGGUAAGAGAACUACUCUAUGGAUCCAGGAGUUACUUUGGGAUCUAAGAAACUUCGUAAGAGCUAGAAAUGAUCUUGGUCUUCGUGGUGUUAAAGGUACUACAGGUACUCAGGCAUCUUUCUUAAGUUUAUUCCAUGGUGACCAUGAUAAAGUUGAGGCUCUAGAUAAGAGAGUCACCGAAUUGCUAGGAUUCGACACUGUCUACCCAGUUACAGGUCAAACAUACUCUAGAAAGAUCGAUAUUGAUGCUUUGGCCCCAUUGGCAUCAUUUGCUGCUACCGCACAUAAGAUGGCUACCGAUAUUAGACUAUUGGCCAACUUGAAGGAAGUUGAGGAACCCUUUGAAAAAUCCCAAAUCGGUUCUUCAGCUAUGGCCUACAAGAGAAACCCAAUGCGUUGUGAACGUGUUUGUUCUUUGGCUAGACACUUAGGUUCCCUAUUUAGUGAUGCCGUACAAACUGCUUCAGUUCAAUGGUUCGAAAGAACCUUGGAUGAUUCCGCCAUCAGAAGAAUUUCUCUACCCGGUGCAUUCUUGACUACUGAUAUCCUUCUGUCUACUUUAUUGAACAUUUCCUCUGGUUUAGUGGUAUAUCCAAAGGUCAUUGCUAGAAGAAUCAAGAGUGAACUACCAUUCAUGGCCACCGAAAAUAUCAUUAUGGCUAUGGUUGAAAAGAACGCUUCAAGACAAGAUGUCCACGAACAAAUCAGAGUGCUCUCUCACCAAGCCGCUGCUGUUGUCAAGGAAGAAGGUGGUGACAACGAUCUAAUCGAACGUAUCAAGAAAGACGAAUUUUUCAAACCAAUUUGGGGAGAGUUGGACACUCUGUUGGAACCAUCUACUUUUGUUGGUAGAGCUCCACAACAAGUUGAAAAGUUUGUUGCUAACGACGUAAAAAAUGCCCUAGCACCACAUGCUAGUAUGAUAAAUGAUGCUGAAGUGAAAUUGAGCGUCUAA